CCGUGUAUGGCAGGCAGGUCGACUUGUUUUGUUGGAUUUGUCCGUGCAUGGCAUGGCGCACUACGAGACCUUGAAGGUGUCCCCGAAGUCCUCAGCCAAAGAGAUCCGCGAGGCCUACCUGCAAGGAGUUCGACGCUAUCACCCGGACGUCAAGGGGGACCAAAGGAAGUUCCAACGGCUUCAGGAGGCCUACGACGUCCUGGGUGAUCCGCUCCGGCGCCGCGCCUACGACCAGCGCGACGCGGAGCCUGGAAGGGGAACAGCGAGCAGCGCAGGAGGCGACCCGAGGUCGACUCGAUCGAAGACCAGCAAUGCAGGACGGCAGGCCGCGCCAGAGUGGGCCAAGAAGGGACAGAAUGAGGCGCUGCGAUGGUACCGGAUGCCAAUCCCAGAGUUCGCUUGGAAUGUGCACCUCGUUUGGUGCCGAGCUUUCAACCGACCGCAGAUGUCGCAAGCCGCCUUCACCCAAUGGAUGCGGCAGCAGUACCGCGCCUCCCGCACGAGCGACGGCGGACUUCUCCGGAAGGCUGGCGUGUUGCUGCUGGACGUCUCGGCCGAGGCGGUGCGUCAGCUCCGCCUGCGCUUGGCACGAGGGCCCAAGCCUGCGGGGCAAGCCUGGCACAGCGGUUUGGGGCACCUGGGACAAAGGCAACCUGAUGAGGAGCUCAAGCGCCGUGUGCGCCUCGGGCGUGCCGAGGCUGCGAGGGAAAUGCGAAGGCAGCUGAAGCAAAUGUCAUGGCCAAGCCUUGGCAGACUUCAGUUCCCGUCGCUGAGCACUCCGGCUGCGGCCAGCGCCUUUGGCGUGCUGGCCCUGAGCGGUAGCCUGGUGGCGCUGCUGGCUUGGCCCCGGCGCGAGGUCUCCGUGUCGCGCGCAGCACCGAGCGUGGAACCGCGACCCAGUCUUGUGGGCAUCAGAGAAGGUGUGCAUCUCUGAAGGGAACCACUCAGCCCAGCGUCCAAAGAACGCCGGUUGGGCGAGAGUCGCGACCCGUUGUUUCACGACGAGACGACGGAGCGCGGAACCGGGAGGGGUAGACCG